GGUUCUGUGAUUCUGUGUUUGCAGCAGUACUGUCUUGUCUGUGGUGUCUCCUCAAAUCAUGCCUUGGCCUCCCAGACUCCCAGUUGCCCCUGAAGCCAGAACAGCAUGUAAGGCUGGCAAACCUGACAAUAAUCUCUUCCAGCAAUUCCCUUCUAAUAAUGUGUCUGGAGACUCCCACCAGCUGUGGCUGGAGGUGCCUCUGGAGUCGGCUUUGCAAUUCCAGGAGACUUUCUCCCAGGAGGGUGGAUGAAGGCGUGGGAGAGGCAGUGUGGGGUUUUCCACCGUCCCUGUGUUUUAAUUCAGACAUUUUUCAGACUUGGUGUAAAGCUGGAAGUGGAAUUUGAAGCCAGCAGCCUAUGUUCAGGUGAACAGAGCUGCUGACUGGUUUUGAUAUGCUAACCAUAACUGUAAGGAGUCUUGGGGAAGGAGAGAAGUGUUGCUACUGAAGUAAAGAUUUGAAAGGAGGCCUGAUGACAACAAAAGCAAACUUCCCUGUGACAGCAGGAUCUGUAGUUGUCCCUUAUGGUCAUGUAAUUGGAAAUGAGAAGUGGAGAGGGUCAGAGGUAGGCCAAAGGCUACAAGGGAAAGUCAGACUCAUCUUUGAAGAUGGCUUGGGACUGGUGGACUUUCAUCUUUCCAACAGAACUUGCAUUUUAUAUAUUUCUGAAGCAGAUUUGGUUGCAGGGGAUGAAUUCAAACGAAGAUUGGUGAGGUUUAGAAAUGCCAGCAAUCUCAGGGGACUUGUAAUUGUAGAGAAAACCCAAAUAAGUGAUCAGUACUUCUCAGCAGUACAAAAACUCGUUGUACUCGAACUUGGAAUGGUGUUGCUUCCUGUGGCAAAUCAAGGAGAAGCUGCUCAGCUCAUUGUUCAGCUGGUGCGGGAGCAGAGCCGGGAUCAGGGCACCAACCCCUUCCUGCGCAAGCAGCGACCUCAGCUGGCAGAGCCAGCGCUGUUCCAGACAGCGCAGCACAUCCCGGGAGUCGGGAAAACAAAAGCUCUGCUUCUCCUGCAGCACUUUGGGAGCAUCCACCGGCUUUGUAACGCGUCCAUCAGCGAGCUGGAGCAAGUAGUUGGACAAACAGCAGCACAACAAAUUCAUGCCUUUCUCUGUUCCUGACAGGCUAUUUUGCAAAGACAGACUUUUUGUAUGGGUUUUUUUUCUUGUGAAUAAUAAACUUUUGGUUUUAAUAA